CAUCUAUAUAGAGUGAAUGGCUUUCCCCAGACAAUGAUUGUGGCAAUCGCUUCGACAAGAUCGACAUCUGCAUUGACAUUGUUCUCGAAUAAUCUCUCCACACUCAACCAACAUGGGUGGAUUCCGCGCAGUCGAGGAUAGGCCGACGCCUAAAGAGGUCUACAACUGGCGACUGUAUUUCGAAGCCAGUGUCAUUGGUUUUGGUGCGCUCCUUUUCGGUUACGAUUCGGCCUUUGUUGGGACCACAAUUGCGCGACAGAGUUUCAAGACGGAUUUCAAUAUCACCGCGGCAGAGGCCAAGAGCAUUUCCAGUAACAUCACCUCAGCCUUCCAGGCCGGAGCCUUCUUUGGUGCACUCUUCUGUCUCCCUCUCACCGAAAAGGUCGGCCGCAAGUGGGCUCUCCAGAUCAAUGUCCUCAUCUUCAUUGUCGGUGCCAUCAUCAUGACCGCUGCUACUCACCAACUCUCGUAUAUGUAUGCUGGACGUGUCCUCACUGGUCUGGGUUGUGGUGCAAUUACCGCAACUGUGCCAUCGUAUAUUGCAGAGAUCUCCAUCUCGUCCAUCCGAGGAAUCUUGACCGGUCUCUUCGAAGUAGCCUACCAAGCAGGCUCCAUGAUCGGUUUUUGGAUCAACUAUGGAAUCAACCAAAACAUGUCUGUCACAUCUGCAACAAGUUGGCGUUUGCCAAUGGCAGUUCAGCUGAUCCCCGCUGUCCCACUAUUUGUCUGUGGCUUCUUGCUUCAUGAAUCUCCCCUUUGGCUACUUCGAAAGGGGAAGAUUGAACAGGCUCACAAGACUCUGGAACAACUCCGACAAAUCCCUGCUGAUCAUGAAUAUGUCAAGCAAGAGCUUGCAACAAUGCAAGAGAGACUUGAUGGCGAAGCUGAGAUCUCCCGGAAGUAUGGAACUGGCCUUUGGGCAUACUUUAGAGGUGCUUUGGACGAGUUUUCCAAGAAAGGCAUGCGCAAUCGUGUAGUCUUGGUUUUCUGUUCAUUUACCCUUCAAAAUCUAUCAGGCGCUGCCGCCAUCAACUACUACUCGCCCACUCUUUUCGGCUCUCUCGGCGUCACGGAUGUUGCAUUGUACACUGGUAUAUAUGGAUUAGUCAAAGCCGUUGCGUCCAUCAUCUACUAUAUUGCAUUCAUCGACAUGGUAGGCCGACGCAGACCUACCAUCAUCUCCUCCCUUGCCUGCUCGCUAUGCCUGUGGUUUGUUGGAGCCUAUGUCAAGGUCGGACACCCUGCCAGCAUCCUGGCAGCAGGCGAAGAACUCUCUACUUCCACCGCUGCGGGCGGAAAAGCUGCAAUUUCCAUGAUCAUGAUCUACUCAGUCUUCUGGUCAUUCGGUUUGAAUGGUAUUCCAUGGAUUGUGUCAGCUGAAAUCUUCCCCGGUGCUCUUCGAAAUAUCACUGGAACCUACGCAGCCCUUGUGCAAUGGCUGAUCCAAUUCGUCAUGACCAAGGCAUUGCCAUACAUGUUUGCCUCAUUUGGUUACGGCACAUGGUUUUUCUUUGCGUGCUGGAUGUUGAUCGCCAGUCUCUGGGGGUUCUUCCUCCUCCCCGAAACCAAGGGUGUCACAAUCGAUCAAAUGGAUAUUCUCUUUGGCUACAAUCACGAUGCGCCAUAUCGGAUCCCUCGAACGCGGGUUACACGGAAAAAGGUUGAAGCUGCGCAGAUCCAAGAAGCUGCCGAGAAGAAUGUGGAUAUUCAGCAUAGCGAGGUGUCCACAAAAGACAUUGAAGCUCACCGAUGAGGGACUCACAAUCCUAUGCUCCAGCAGCUCCAUAGUAUGGAGUAAGGUCAGGACAUGCAUUGUGCUAAGCAAACAUGGAUG